GUUUAGAUUUUUUAAAUUAAAUAUGGCUCUUUCAAAUAAUGAAAAGAUAGAAGCAAUCAAAUUUGCCAAAGAAUAUCAUCAAAAUUAUUAUGAACUUCUUCCUGAUUGGUUUCAAUAUGAUUUUGAAAAUUAUGAACUUAUAAGACAUAAAAUUGGAUAUGCUCUAUUUGGUCUUCCUAAAAUAGAUAUAGAUACUGAAAUUUCAAAUAUUUCUAUAAAUUGUACAAAUGAUAAUAAUCAAUCAGAAUAUAUAUAUAAAAAAAUAAUAUACGACAAAACAAUGUGCAAAAUUAUAAAUACAAUUUAUGAAAAGAUAAUAAAAUAUGGAAAAGAUAACAAUAAUAGUUCUAUUUAUAUUGGAAUUAUAUUUAAUAUAAUAUUCUUACAAACAAAAGUUUCACAGAAAUCUAAUGAAAAAGAUAACGCAUUAAGCAAAGAAAAUAAUAACAUAUGUAUUUUACCAAUAUUUAAAUUAAAAACAUUACAAUAUGAUACAUGGUAUAUUGAUAAUGAGGGCAGAAUUUAUAAAACUUGGAAAGAUUACAUAUCAAACAAUACAUUACCUCCAUGUACUAUGAUUUUACCAAAAAAUGGUUUAUAUCAAUGUAAUCCAAAUUAUAAAGUAACAGAAUAUUUUUCAAGUGUAUGGAUUGAAAUAUUAGAUUCUCCUGCUUGUACUUUUAAAAAUAAAGUUCUUAAGGGCAUUGAUGUUGCUGUAAAUACAAUGUCCAUAAUUACUGGUAUUGGACUUAGUGCUGCUAGCUUUUUAACACCUAUUGGACCAACUAUUCUCACUACGGGUUUAAUUCAUGGUGGAAUUUGUGGGACAUGGAUUAUUGUUAGAAAUUCACAAAAAUUAAUAGAUCUUGCUACACAUAAACAAUCCAUCAAUCCUAUAAAUAAAAAUGCAUUCUCUGCUUGGUUUGAAGUAAGUAGUGCAGCUUUAACAUUAGGAGCAAAUAGUGGAACUAUGCUUAUCUCAAAGGCUCUUUCAAGAGGCUGUACUAUAAGUGCUGCAGCUAAAGUAGCUUAUAAUUCUGUGAUAUUGAGCAAUUUAACAGUGAAUGGCGCUAGUGUAAUUUACCAAGGAUAUCGUUUAAUUGAAAAAUAUAAGAUGGAAAAGAAUGUUGAUCUCUUAGAUAUAGCUAUUUUUACUUCACAAAUUUUAUUCUUUAGUAAUACUUUAAUAAAAACCAAAUUAGCUAAUGAACUCAUAGUAUCAUCUAAAGGUACUAUUCUUGAAAAACUCAAGAACAUUUUACGAGUUAAUCGUUUAAAACAGGAAUUUAAUAAAAUAAAAGCAUAUAGUAGUAAAGAUGUAGAAAAUAAAUCUGAAAGUAUUAUAUAUAAGAUAAAAGAAUUCAGUAACAAAGAAGAUUUCUUAAAUAGUUUAAGUAAAAUGAAUUGGAAAAAUAAAUUUUUAAUAAAAUAUCAAAACGGCAAUAUUGUUAUAAAUAAUAAAAUAUUUAUACAUCCUAUUCAUUUUAUGACUCACUUAUUGACGAUUGGUGCAGUCACAUUUAAUUUAAUAGAUCCACAUUCAUCGAUAGUAUCUAAGGAAAGAAAUUAUAUAAUGAUUAAUUUAAAAAUUCUAGUAAAACAAUUGUUAAAAAAUUUUUAUGCAGAAAAAGAAUAUUCAGAUGAAGCAAUUCCCGAUGUUAAUUAUUUUAAUGAAAUAUUACAAGAAAUAAAGUACAUGGAUAACGCGGUUGAUGUAUUAAGAAAGUGUUUUAAAAUUGCUGUAAUUAUAAUAGAACAUUGCAAUGAUCCCCGGCAAUUCUUAUGCGAUGCUGUUUAUUUCUCAUGGAUAUAUUGUAAAGGAAAUUUAAAAGAAUACGGUAUAAACAUCGACACUACUUCUAAGAACAAAAUAUUUAAUGAAUUAGCAAGAAUUGUUGAAUUUUUAUAUGAAUGUAUCGAGGUAAUAGCCAAUGAAUUAUUUUCAGCUUUUUAUGCGUAUAUAUCAACUACAAAACCCGAAAUUAACAAUUAUAUUAUGUUAAAUGAUAAUUAGACUAGUAGAUAUAUAUGCAUUUAUACAAAAUUUAAAUAUAUAAAAAUU